AUGGCGUCCGUCAGGUUAAUUUCCCUUUUCCUCCUCGUCCUCGUCAGCGCGGCCGCCGUGGCCGAGGCGCGGAUAGACCCGACGGAGUUCAUCAAGGCCAUCAAGGCGAUCAGACGGUCGCCGCGAAUCGCGGCCGCGACUCUUCCUGCUGCCGAAGCGCUGUGUAAGUUUCGCGUUCCGUCGCGCUGUGCUCGUUUUCGUCGUUUCACCUCGUUCUCCAUUCUCAUCCCGGCUCUCUCCUUCGCGUUGCCCCUUCCUCCCUCCUCCGCCACCCCACCAGUCCGCAGGGUGAUGAAGCUGGACAGCUCCACCGGCAACGUGACUCUCCUCGUCCCCGCAGCGCUCGCCUCGCUCAGCCCCUCCGCGCUGCCCGCCUACACGAUCCCGCAGGCGAACAAAAUUCGCCUGUACCACUUGCUCUCGGGUCUCUAUACCGCUGCGGACCUCCAGGCGCUGUCCCGCAACGCCAAGAUCCCCACUGUGGAGGGGAAGGCCAUCACGAAGCUCACACCUCCGAUCAUCCCCGUGGUGAUGCUCAAGGGAAAGGACCUGAUGCCUUCUUUGCUGGUGUCCGGCGAUGUGUAUGUUGGCGAUACCCUUGCAGUGCACGUCGUGUCGUCCAUUCUGCUCCCUCCUGACCUCUAG